AUGCACACGUUCGCGGCAAGAAGCGUGCUCCCCGGCGCGAGCCUCGGGUCCCUGGCGCCUCGCGCGGUGCGCGGCUCGGGGAGGACCCGCGCGCCCGCGUCCAUCGUCGCCAUGGCGGGCAGGAAGAAGCGAAAAGAGAAGAGCCGUCGCAAGGAGAACGAGGGAGGAUCCGCCCCGGCGCCCGCCGCGCCGGCGCCCGCCGCGCCCGCGCAGAGCCCCGCGGCGGCGUCCGCGCCCGCGCCCGCCGCGCCCGCCGGUCGCGCGAGGGACAACGAGAUCGACUGGGCGGAGAUCGAGCGGAACAACGAACAGGCCCGGGCGGCGAUGGGAGCCCCGUCCACCCCGGCCCCCGCGGGCGACGGCCUGUUGGAGAGGGCGUUCAGCGCGGACGCGCAGCUGCUCUUCGCCGUGGACGGGUGCGUACCCGAGGUUGUCAACGGCAGAGUCGCCAUGUUCGGCUUCUUCACCGCCGCGCUCACCGAGAUCUUCACCGGAAAGUCCUUCACCACCCAGCUCGCGUACAACCUCAGCCACGGAGUGUCGUUCACCAUCGCCUCACUGGUCAUCGCGGGGACCCUGGCGCCGAUGAUCAUGGCGGACCCGAAGGAGACCCCGUACGAGGGGACGGGGUUCGCGAAGUGGAGGCCGGAGCCACGGGCCAAGGCGGGCCGGCAGUACCUCUGCGACCCGCGAUCCAUCGACACAACCGGGUUGCCGGGAAGGGACACGCCCUUGGGCCGGUUGGGGUUCGGGGCGACGGCGGAGACGUGGAACGGUCGGGCGGCGAUGGUGGGGCUGAUGCUCACCUUUCUCAUAGAGGGCGCCACGCACCACGGGAUCUUCCGGGGCUGA